GACAGAGUCCAGACCGUGUCACAGACAGCAGAGCAGCUAGCAACGACAGUCCGACAGCAUGCGCGCUCCGCCGACGGCGAGCCUCCAGCACAGCAGCACGGCCGCCAAGCCUUCUCCGUCGCCACCGCCGCCUCGGCCCGACCCGCAGACAUCGCUGGUCGUGACGGUGGACUCGGACAUGGUAGUGAUCCUGGCGUCGCUGCUGUGCGUACUAGUCUGCGUCCUCGGCCUCGCCCUCCUCUCCCGGUGCGCGUGCCGCCGCCGGUCCUCCGACCACUAUCCUCCUCCCCCCAAGGGCCUCAAGAAGAAGGCCAUCGACGCGCUCCCCACCGUCUCCUUCACCGCCGCCGCCGCCGCUUCGUCGUCGUCGGAGUGCGCGGUAUGCCUGGCGGAGUUCGCCGACGGGGAGGCCGUGCGCGUGCUCCCCGUAUGCGGCCACGGCUUCCACGUCGCCUGCGUCGACGCCUGGCUCCGGACGCGCGCCACCUGCCCGUCCUGCCGGGCCGCCAUUGUCGCCACGCCCAUGCAGGUGCAGCCAGCGGCGGCGCCCGCCGUCGUAGUCGUCGUGGCAGGGAAUAGCAGGUGCGGGAGAUGUGGCGAGGUGACCGCGCCGGCCGGUGCACGCGCCGCGGACGCCGCGCCCUUGGCUUAGUCAGGUUUGUAGGUACUGUUCUUGCGCAUCAUAUUACGAGGUAGCUGUCGAUCCAAAUUCCAAUGUACUCGGACAGGUUCGUUUUUGUAGCUGCUCUGUGAAGCAAAACUAGCGGUGUUUGAGGUUUCAGUUAGGCUCUGAUGCUAGGUGUCGUCCUGCAUUCAGUUCAGUCCCCGUUUGGAUUGCCGGUUUGCUCUAAAAUACCUCUGUAAUAAAUACAGACCUACAAUCAU